AACGGUUCCGUGCACGCUUGUUUCACUCCGGCAAAAUAUUGGCGCUACACCGCACUUUAUUUCGUUAUGGGGUUAUUGUUUGAUAUGAGCAUCAAAUAGUAAGGACUGUAGAUGGAGCCGUUUUGACAUGCAAACUCCAGAAGGUAAUGAGCAGCUAGGUUUUAAACAUGCUGUUGGAACGGCUUACCUUUGCCACGCAUUCUCAGAAGUGGACUUUUCUUCACUGGAAAGCAAAUCUUGCCAGAAAGAUUCACCCAUUAGAUCCAAGACGGUGGUCACUGAGGCUGCCAGUUCAAAGAAGCAGUCACAGAUGGACUACUGCACCAUCUUCCAGGAUAAACCCGAGGCCUGUGUUUACUAGAGCUCUUGGGUUUGGGGAAAAGCUCGCAAUCGUAGACAGCAGUGGGAAGCACACCUACAAACAGCUGUACUGCAGCAGCUUAGGUCUUGCCAGUAGAAUCAGUGCAACCUUAAACGCUGACUUUGGGGGUCUAGAUGGAAGACGAAUAUCCUUCCUGUGUGCAAAUGAUGCUUCCUACGUGGUGGCACAGUGGGCAACUUGGAUGAGUGGUGGGACGGCAGUGCCACUCUACCAAAAACACCCUCUUUCAGAACUGGAGUACAUCAUCUCUGAUUCCCAGACUUCACUGUUCUUGGCAGCACAUCCUUAUGGAGAGGCUCUCGAACCACUGGCGCAAAAGCUGGGGCUUCCAUGUCUGACGCUCCCUCCUACAUCUGAUUUGAACACUUUAGAUGAUGUUGGUAGUCCAUCAGGUGAGGAGGAGAAUGUCAUCCGAGAAUGGGCUGAUCAACCAGCUAUGAUCGUCUAUACUAGUGGUACCACUGGACGUCCUAAAGGGGUUCUACAUACACACAGCAGCAUCCAAGCCAUGGUCCAGUGUUUGGUUUCUGAGUGGGCGUGGUCUAAAGAUGACAUCAUCCUCCACACCUUGCCACUCCACCAUGUUCAUGGCAUCAUUAACAAGUUGCUGUGCCCACUCUGGGUGGGAGCCACCUGUGUCAUGCUCUCUGAAUUCCACCCUCAGAAGGUGUGGGAGAUGCUCCUGAGCUUCAAGGCUCCAGUGGUUAAUGUGUUCAUGGCUGUGCCAACCAUUUACUCGAAGCUGAUCCAGUACUAUGAUCAGCACUUCACACAGCCUCAUGUCAAGGAUUUUGUCAAAGCGGUUUGCAAAGAGAAAAUCAGAUUGAUGGUUUCAGGCUCAGCUGCUCUCCCUCUGCCAACUCUGCAGCGCUGGGAGGAGAUCACAGGACACAUGCUGCUGGAGCGCUACGGCAUGACAGAGAUCGGUAUGGCACUGUCCAACCCUUUGAAGGGUCCAAGAAUCCCAGGAGCGGUAGGGCUGCCUCUUCCAGACGUAAAGGUUCGAAUUGUCAUGAACAACUCAACCAACGCCACGAUUGCAGAGGGAAAUCACAAAGAGACUCAGGUGCGUCCAGGUCUUGAGGGUAAAGAGGGAGAGCUGCUGGUUCGAGGUCCAUCUGUUUUUAAGGAGUACUGGAACAGACCUCAAGAGACCAGAGAAGCUUUCACUGAUGAUGGCUGGUUCAAAACAGGAGACACAGCAGUCUACAAAGAUGGCGUGUACUGGAUCUUGGGCCGCAGCAGCAUUGACAUCAUUAAGAGUGGCGGCUAUAAGAUCAGCGCACUUGAGGUGGAGCGACACCUACUGGCUCAUCCAGACAUCAUAGAUGUGGCUGUGAUUGGCACUCCAGAAGCUACGUGGGGCCAAAAGGUCACCGCCGUGGUGCAGCUGAGGAAAGGCCAGCAUAUGACUCUACCAGAAUUAAAAACCUGGGCAAGGGAGCACAUGGCGCCCUACAUCAUUCCGACAGGCCUGGUGUUGGUGGAGGAAAUUCCGAGGAAUCAGAUGGGAAAAGUCAACAAGAAGGACCUUCUGCGACACUUCUUUUCGUGACUGGACAGCUUUGAUAUCUGUGAAAACCUUUCCUGCUUAGUUCCUGGAUCUUCAUGAUGAUGUUUCUUCACUGAUUUUCUCUAACAAACCUUUGAGGCCUUCACAGAACAGCUGGAUUUACAAUAAAAUUACACAUAAGUAUACUUUUUAGGUGAUAACAUUUUGAUGCACUACUCUCUGCUGAACUGUUUGGUAAAAGAAAUCCAAAAUAAAAUACAGUACAUUGAAAUUUGUUGUUGUAAUGUGGCAAAACGUGAAAAAGUUCCUUUCUGAGGCACUGUUCUUUAAGCAGAAGCUAUUUUAUUAGGUUUGAACCUAAUCUUUGAUUUUUACACAAUAAAAAUAAAUAAAUGGGCUUCAUUUUACAUGACAUACCUCAGAAAAACCUGGGGUGAAUAACCAUGGAUUCUCAUGUAAAUGUCGAAAGCGAGACUGAUGGCACUAUGAAACCUUAUUGGAUGGCAUUUGAAUGAACUGAGACCUUUGGGAUUGGAGUUUUAGACAAAAAUCCCCUUUGGGAGUGGCCUCACACUUUUAAGCUGAUAAUUCGACAACAGAACUACAGGUCUUGACUUCUUACAACAACUUUAAAAAACACUGAAGAAACAAACAAAUGAUGGCUUUGAUGUAAAGAAAAGAGCGUGGAUGAGAUAUAAAGUGACUGCACUCAGCACUACUGUAGGAUUCAUUGCUCCUGCUGUCAUCGUGGUUUUAUCACAGUUAAAGAUCAUGCGGUGCUACAUCUGCACAGAUAAAUCAACAACAGACAGUGUUGUGCUAAAUUUGAGAAAUUGUUAACUUUAUCUCAUCUGUAUAAAAAAAGACUAUUUGCAUCCAUGCUUUGAACACACUGAUGCACUUCAAUGUCUGUAAAAAAUAAAAAUCUGUUAUCUAAACA